GGUUGGAGUGGCAGUGAUUUUGCUUUGCAUCGUCUUCUAGAUUCAGUUCCGACACCCAAUGGAUUAAGCCAGCUUUCACAAGGAACAACAAUGGAGGUGGAAUUGAGACAGAUGCUUGAUGAUCUACAAUCCAUCAGGCACUCUUCAUCCGUCCCUUCAUUUCAUGCUUCAAUCGACAAGCUGCAAUCUCGUGUUGAUCAUCUCACUCAUCUUGCAAAGGCUGUAUCUGUUCAGCGAUCAGAAGUCAAGGAUAUGAGUGCUGAGGUGGUUGAUAGCAAUCCUUACUGUAGGCUUAUGGCACUUCAGAGGAUGGGUAUUGUGGAGAACCAUGAAAAGACACGGGAAUUCUCAGUUGCUAUUGUUGGCUGGGAUUGGUGGUGUUGGUAGUGUUGCAGCUGAGAUGCUAAUGAGAUGUGGCAUUGGUUGCCUUUUGUUGUAUGAUUAUGAUAAGGUGGAGUUAGCAAACAUGAAGCGGCUAUUCUUUCCUCCAGAGCAGACUGAUGCUGCUGUUCAGACCCUUUCUGACUUAAAUCCUGAUUUUGUGCUUGAGGUGAGCUUAUCUUGAAUAUCAUGCUUCGUUUUACUCACAAGGUAAGUAUGGGCUGGGGUUGGCCUUAUUAUUACAUACCAGAAGGGAAAUGAAAAGAUGGGCUGAAAAUUAUAAAUUUUGUUUUCCCUUACCUCUUUUGUCUGUAAAGUUGAUGCUUGUCUUUCUUUCUCCAGCAUCUUUCAGGGGGACAUGCCACUUUUAUUGUAUUCUUUAUUCCUAACUACAUUUCUAACAUGCCUUAGAGUUUGGAGAUGCCAUGCCUGAAACCUGUAAUUUAAUGAUAAGAUUUUAGUAUCUAUUUUCCUUUUGAAAUUGAGAAGGGGAGUUGGGGCAAUUCAGUUCAUAUUGAAAUAAGUUUAAGGGCAGGAAUAGAUUCCUAGAUUAGUAGAGAGGAUGUAUAAUAGUUCCCUAACCUGUAUAGGAGUCAAUUAAUAUGCAAUCCUACUGUCUUUUCCAAGAAGUUUCACUGACCUUUGAACAUCAUGGGUUAAAUUUGAAAAGAGUUCAAUUUAGGCUGUCACUACUUUUGUAGAAAUUGCUUGCUGGUUCAUUUGUCUCUAGAGCUAUACAUUAAACAUCACAACAGUGCAAGGAUUUGAGACCUUUAUGUCAAGCUUGAAAAACUAACCAUUCUGCCCAAGUAAAAAAGGUACUGGCUUGGAUCUUGUUUUAAGCUGUGUAGACAAUCAUGAAGCAAGGAUGGUUGUCAACCAGGUAUACAUUGAC